AUGGGUUCUGGGUCUAAGCUUCCGUCCGACUUCCUCUGGGGUUUCGCAACGGCCAGCUACCAAAUCGAAGGUGCGGUCGAUGAGGACGGCCGUGGUCCCUCCAUCUGGGACACCUUUUGCAAGAUCCCGGGUAAAAUUGCCGGAGGAGCCAGUGGGGUUGUCGCCUGCGACUCCUACCACCGCACACACGAAGACAUUGCCUUGUUAAAGCAAUGCGGCGCUCAGGCGUACCGCUUCUCCAUCUCCUGGUCCCGCGUGAUCCCCCUCGGCGGUCGAAACGAUCCCAUCAAUGAGAAGGGUCUGCAGCAUUAUGUGAAAUUCGUCGACGACCUGCUCGAUGCUGGCAUCGUGCCCCUCGUCACUCUCUUCCACUGGGAUCUCCCCGAUGAGCUGGACAAGCGUUACGGCGGUUUGCUCAACAAGGAGGAGUUCGUCGCAGACUACGCCCACUAUGCGCGCGUCAUGUUCAAGGCCCUCGGAUCCAAGGUGAAGUACUGGAUCACAUUUAACGAGCCGUGGUGCAGCAGUGUCCUGGGCUACAACGUCGGCCAGUUCGCCCCCGGCAGAACCAGUGACCGGAAUAAGAGCCCCGUGGGCGAUGGAUCAACCGAGCCGUGGAUUGUCGGCCACAACCUGCUGGUUGCCCACGGAGCGGCCGUGAAGAUCUACCGCGAGGAGUUCAAAGCGCAAGACGGCGGGGAGAUCGGCAUCACCCUGAACGGUGACUGGGCUGAGCCCUGGGACCCCGAGAACCCCGCGGACGUCGAAGCCUGCGAUCGCAAGAUCGAGUUUGCGAUCUCCUGGUUCGCCGACCCCAUCUACCACGGCAAGUACCCCGACAGCAUGGUCAAGCAACUGGGCAAGCGGCUGCCGCAGUGGACGCCAGAGGACCUCGCGCUCGUUCACGGUAGCAACGACUUCUACGGCAUGAACCACUACUGCGCCAACUACAUCCGGGCCAAAACUGGCGAGCCGGAUCCUACGGACGUGGCGGGCAACCUCGAGAUCCUGCUGCAGAACAAAGCCGGCGAAUGGGUUGGCCCCGAGACGCAGUCGCCCUGGCUGCGGCCGUCGGCCAUUGGCUUCCGCAAGCUGCUGAAGUGGCUCAGUGAGCGCUACAAUUACCCCAAGAUCUACGUCACCGAGAACGGCACCAGUCUGAAGGGCGAGAACGAUCUGCCGCUGGACCAGCUCCUGGAGGAUGAGUUCCGGACGCAGUAUUUCCGCGAUUACAUUGACGCCAUGGCGGAUGCGUACACCCUGGAUGGAGUCAACGUGCGGGCCUACAUGGCUUGGAGUUUGAUGGAUAACUUCGAAUGGGCGGAGGGCUAUGAAACGCGCUUCGGAGUCACCUACGUCGACUACGAGAACAACCAGAAGAGAAUCCCCAAGCAGAGCGCAAAGGCCAUUGGGGAUAUCUUCGCCCAGUACAUCGAAAAGAAGUGA